AUGACUGCUAAACAUGGGAUUAUACAAGUAUGGAAGGAUAAUGUGCCGAGAGUGGGGAUAAAUCACAAUUCAAGGGUGUCUAGGGUGCAAAUUCUGGUGAUGAAAGGGUGGGUGGUGUUUUUUGUUGGGCUGGUGAUGGUGAAUGGAAGUGAGUUCCCGGAGAGAGAAUGCUGCGAUCCGAUAUAUCCACCGAACACUGCGACGACUGCGGCCGCGCCUGUUACUCAUCCAGUUAGCAGAGUUUCAGUGUCGGUUACAAAGCGGUGUGUCAUCGCCAAAUGGCGUGACAAAGUGUCUGGUGUAAUUAACGUUACGCCGCGCCGUAGUGAUAGUUUCGACACAAUCGUCCUUCACUUUUCAUAUGAAGUUAGAUCAAAAUUGAAAUUUGACCUGAAUUUUGGUAAA